AUGAGGUUAUACACUCCCUUAUUCUCGGCUCCAUUUAAUAAAUCUGCGAGAAGGCCUCAAAGAGAACCAGUUCCUUUUCAAAUGUUAUUACCAUUGCAGCUCAAGAAAACUGUAUCAGGAAAAGGAGACAAACUUAGAGAAGCUGCUUGUAUGCAAGAAAUGGCUGUAAUGUUUGCUUGUUUCAAAAAAAACGACUUCGAUCAACAAGAAUGCUUAAAGGAAGUAACCGCUUUUCAAGGUUGUUAUCGGGAAUAUAGUGAAAAACUUACUACACAAAGAGAACAAGGAAAGAAAGGUAUCUUAGUGCCUGGAGAGAAGAAGUUGACUCAUAGACAGUUAAAUCAAUUGCUAAAAGCAUUUCCACCAAAAUAA